GGCCACUUGAUCAUAUAUUGUACUUCCGACAUCCAAAACGUGCGCUGCCUAAAUCUUCCGCUGUUCUGGUUUAGAAAGCCAAAUAGCGACAACUCGCUGAGUGCAAGCGUGCGAUUCCAGUCGUGAUGUCUGCGGCAUUACGUAUCCUCUACUCCGUGUCACGGCCAGGCUUCUUUAUAGCCCGCCCUAAUCUAUCACGUCCUCUCAGUUUAUCUGUGCACAGAGAGGGAUUCAAAUAUGUAAAUGCUCAGGAGCUUUCCAACGAUAUGAAGUCCAUCACAGACCGUGCUGCUCAGACGCUACUUUGGACAGAGUUAUUCCGAGGUUUGGCAAUGACUAUGAGCUAUCUCUUUCGUGAACCUGCCACCAUUAACUACCCGUUUGAGAAGGGCCCACUGUCUCCGCGUUUCCGUGGAGAACACGUGCUGCGCCGUUACCCAUCUGGAGAGGAGCGCUGCAUCGCCUGCAAGCUAUGUGAGGCUAUCUGCCCAGCCCAGGCCAUCACUAUUGAGGCAGAGCCACGUGCUGACGGUAGCAGGCGAACAACACGCUAUGACAUUGAUAUGACUAAAUGUAUAUAUUGUGGCUUCUGCCAAGAAGCUUGCCCCGUGGAUGCCAUUGUAGAGGGACCCAACUUUGAGUUCUGCACAGAAUCACAUGAGGAGCUGCUCUAUAACAAGGAGAAACUGCUCAAUAAUGGAGAUAAAUGGGAGGCUGAGAUUGCUGCCAAUAUUCAGGCUGACUACCUCUACAGAUAGACAGAUCGUCAUCCCCCACCCGCCCUCUCUUUCUCUCACAUAUACAUACACACACAAUGACUGACUGACCGCACACGGUUUGACUCACUUAACCAAUGGCAUUCUCUUUGUUCAUCUUUUAUUGUCAUUCAGGGCUGAGUGACCCAAAAGGAUUGUAUAAUAGUAGGGUGCUUUAUCACUAAGAAUACUCGAGCUAAGAGAUAAACAUAAUCAUAAUUCUACAAUUCUUUUGGGAAUCUCUGCUGGCUGGUUUGUUUUUCCCAGUAGUAAAAUCUGUUAAAAAUUAAACUUGUGUACUGAUCUUCAGUACCUAACCGAGAGAAUCUUGACUGACAGUAAUCACCCUUACUGUACAGAUGUGCAUACUGAACAAACCCACACGUCACAUGACACCUGAUUCUUAUAGGCUCAAACACUUUAAGCUUCAGUUUUCACUGCAGGAACUCAGCCUGCUUUUAAUGUAUGUAAAGAUGUGAAGUUAAUUCAGUUUAACCACAGCCAAGUAGUCCCACAGAGCUGAAAUGAAGGAUGUAUUACAACUUGUCUGAAACAUGAGCUUCUCACUUUAAAGCAGCUGACAUUUCCUCCAAUUCUCUUCUGUCUCUUCUUUCAAUCUCUCCCCUCCAUUAUGUGUAAAAUAUGUUUUCCCUAUGGAGAUUUCACCAUUUUUGGGACUCACAUAAUUGCUCUCACAUAAAAAACAUAAAAAGACAUAUGUUUCAUUGUGAGAGCUGGACAAAGAUUCAGUACUUGUGCGCCUUAAGUAACAAAUAAAUUAAAGAUUCUGACCAAAAGGAA